AUUUUCCUUCUCUGGCAAACUGGCCAAGGCCGGGUGGUUUUCUCCUUUGCCUCUCUCUGGAAGGCUGAGCAGAGGAGUCCGGCUACUCCAGCUAUGGAACUCAUACCUGUUCUUGCGGCCUCUGGUUGGUGCGGGACCGAGAAGCCAACAGGCCUGGCCAUCUGACUGGGUAGGCCUCUGUGUGUGCACGCGGCGUGUGAGCUGGCUCUGAGCAGGGUUGACAGAGCAGCGCUGGAGGCAUCCGGGGACCCCAGCUUCCACGCCAUCGCUGCCUCGCUCCCAAAGGGUGAUGUUGGACUCUGUGACACACAGCACCUUCCUGCCCAACCCGUCCUUCUGCGACCCCCUGAUGUCGUGGACAGAUCUGUUCAGCAAUGAAGAGUAUUACCCUGCCUUUGAGCCUCAGACAGCCUGUGACUCCUACUGGACCUCGGUCCACCCCGAGUACUGGACAAAGCGCCACGUCUGGGAGUGGCUGCAGUUCUGCUGCGAUCAGUACAAGCUGGACGCCAACUGCAUCUCCUUCUGCCACUUCAACGUCAGCGGCCUACAGCUGUGCAGCAUGACCCAGGAGGAGUUCAUCGAGGCAGCGGGCCUCUCUGGGGAGUACCUGUACUUCAUCCUGCAGAACAUCCGCACGCAAGGUUACUCCUUUUUCAAUGACACUGAAGAGACCAAGGCCUCCAUCAGAGACUAUGCUGAUUCCAACUGCUUGAAAGCAAGUGGCAUCAAAAGUCAAGAUUGUCAGAGUCACAGUCGGACGAGCCUCCAGAGCUCUCAUCUAUGGGAAUUUGUUCGAGACUUGCUCCUAUCUCCCGAAGAAAACUGUGGCAUUCUGGAAUGGGAAGACAGGGAACAAGGUAUUUUUCGGGUGGUUAAAUCAGAAGCCCUGGCAAAGAUGUGGGGACAAAGGAAGAAAAAUGACAGGAUGACCUACGAGAAGCUGAGCAGAGCUCUGAGAUAUUACUAUAAAACAGGAAUUCUGGAGCGGGUUGACCGACGGUUAGUGUAUAAAUUUGGGAAAAAUGCACACGGCUGGCAAGAAGACAAGCUAUGAUCAGUUCCAAGUACCACUUGCCUUUUCUGGAUUACUGUCUCUGAAAACAAUCAAACUGCCACAGACAUUUGAAGCUUUUUUUUUUUUUUUUUUUUUUUUUUUUUGACCUUCAAAUAUGCUGAUAAAAUUUCUCUACAUCUCAGCUUACCUUUGGACUUAAUUGUUGUCUACUUGGGGUGACAGCUACAGCCCUUCCAAAAGCUCCCUCUCCCCCAGGAGACGAAGGGAUGGUCUUUUGUGAUACACUAAUCUAAUAUUAUUUCCCUAAUCCAAAAUGGCAGAGCCACAAUGACAUUGGUGUUGCUCACAGAAAAGUCCUAAUGCUGUCCCUAGAGACACUCCCAAUGCUCCUAUCCAGGCUUCCAACACUGUCUGGUGGUUAACUACGGCAACUCGGAGAGGAAAAAAGAGAUCAACUCAUGAUUGGUGUGUAGCUUAUAGUAGGACAGAGUGAGAUAUAAGACAUGUAUGCUUCAGAUUUUAAAUCAUGAAAGUAACAUUCCAUAGAAAACUUUCUUAAUAUGAAAAUGUUCAAUCCAGACAUAAUUGGAUUCUGCAUAGGUUAAUAGUAGGUUUCUUAAUCACUUCUUUUUGACCCCUCAGCAAAAUUCCCAUGGCCACCCUUGUGGGGUUACACACUUAAAAUUAACCACAUUAUUAACUGACACUAAGAUUAUUUGCCCUCUUCACUGAUGGGUGUUUUUAACGUACAAAUGUAAAAUUUCUCUGCAUCUCAGCUUACAUUUGGACUCAGCUGUUGUCGAUAGCAUAAGACACGCACAGUCAGUCAACAGGCCUACGCAAUAAUUCUCAAACCACUGCUGUUUCUGUGAUUCCAACCAUCCGCAGGAUGAACUCACAAUUCACUGCUUCUGUCUGAGGCCGACAUUAAACCUUUAUAGAACUGGAAAGGUCCGACAACCUGUGAAUUUCUUUUGUCUUCUUCCCCCAUGAGUACUCAAGCUCUAAAACACAUUUCCUUGACAUAAUAGAACAAAAGUGAAUUUACUCCAUUGAGUGGUCAUAGGUUAAACUGACAUUUCCUCACCAUUCACUGGUAUGUAAGGCGUGACCUAUACCUAGGUGGCCUGGCCCUGGGCCUCGGACUUUACCAGAGCUGACCACCAAGUGCUGAGACACUGAACCACAAUACAAGCUGCAGACAUUGUUUAAAAAAAAAUGUGAAUUACUGUAAAACAAUCCAUUUUUGGACUCAUGUUUUCCAGGUGGAUUGAGUUUGUAAACAAUGUGAAUAAAAUAUUU